AUGCGGGGUGUUCAGUUGGGUCUACGUGCGUGGGAGUUCUUAUGGACUAUCCUUAUCAUGGCCCUCGUUGGUAACAUGAUCAACGACGCCAUCGCUGGCAACCCAAGCUCCAUUAACUAUACCAUGUUCCUGUCGGCAUUUUCUCUAUUUUCACUGUUUUAUCUGAUCCCGGCUUCAUACAACCCCGACUGGGCCUUCCACCCUAUCAUCGUGAUCGUAGUGGACGCGCUCAACACAAUUUUCUUCUUCUGUGCGGCCAUCGCCCUGGCUGCGAAGUUGGGAGCCCACUCUUGCAGCAACUUGUCAUACACCCUCAGCAACGAAAUCACCAACGGCUCCAACAACACAGGGAAGCGUUGUCGUGAGGGCCAGGCAGUCACUGCCUUCCUGUGGUUUGGCUGGGCUGGAUACAUGGCCUCGACCAUUAUCUCGGUCUUCAUGUCCCGCUCGGCUACUGUGAACAUGCGCGGUCGCACUGGCAGUUCUCGUCGCCCUGCCCGCCCCAGCAUGACCCAGGUCUAA